AUGGCGUCUGCUGGUCUAGAAAAGGAGCUGGAAUGUUCUAUCUGUCUGAACCUUUAUACAGAUCCUGUAACCCUGAGAUGUGGACACAACUUCUGCCAGGUCUGUAUUGAUCAGGUCCUGAAUACACAGGACGGGUCUGGAGUUUAUUCCUGUCCUGAAUGUAGAACAGAGUUUCUGGAACGGCCGACACUGCAGAAGAACAUCACUCUGUGUAAUGUGGUGGAGAAUUUCCUGUCUACUCAUCCUCAUCAGGACGAGGCCGUAAUCUUCUGCACUUACUGUGUGGACUCUCCUGUACCUGCUGUGAGGUCCUGUCUGAUGUAUGAGGCUUCUCUGUGUGAUAAACACCUCAAAGUUCACAGCAAGGGACCAGAACACGUCCUGACCGAGCCCAGAACUUCCCUGGAGAACAGGAAAUGUCCCAUCCAUAAGAAGAUCCUGGAAUAUUACUGUACUGAGGACAAUGCUUGUAUCUGUGUGUCCUGCUGUCUGAUUGGAAAACAUAAUGGACAUAAGAUGGAUUCUCUACAUGAGGCCUCUGAGAAGAAAAAGGAGAACCUGAGAAAUGUUCUGCAGAAACUGAUCACAAAGAGCGAGAAGACUGAGGAAAAAGUCCAGAGUCUGGAGAAGCGAAGGAGAAAAACUCAUAAAAAAGCAGCUAGAGAAACCAAGAGAGUCACUGCCCUGUUUAUAGACAUCAGGAGAUGGGUGGACGACCUGGAGAAGAGGAUCCUGAGUGAGAUCUCCAGGCAGGAGGAGAAUAUGUCACUGUCACAUGUCAUCCUGAAGCUGGAGAUAAAGAAGGACGAGCUGUCCAGGAAGAUGAGGGACAUUGAGGAGCUGUGUAACAUGACGGAUCCACUGACUGUCUUACAGGGUCCAGACGCAGGUGACUUGUGUGAUCCUGAGGAGGAGGGAGGUGAUGAGGACACAGGGGGACAUGAUGGAGGUGACAAGGACACAGGGGGACAUGAUGGAGGUGAUGAGGACACAGAGGGACAUGAUGGAGGUGAUGAGGACACAGCAGGACAUGAUGGAGGUGAUGAGGACACAGCAGGACAUGAUGGAGGUGAUGAGGACACAGCAGGACAUGAUGGAGGUGAUCGGGGUCUGGAGAUUAUAUCACACACGUUAUCUGAUAUAAUAAGGAGUAUAAAUGUGACCUUCUAUGUACAGGAUCCUGCAGACAUAUUAAUGGAUGUAAACACAGCUGGUAAUAAUCUCCUUAUAUCAGACGACCUGAAAACGGUAACCUGGAUGGAUACAGAGCAGAAUCGUCCAGAAACAGAAGAGAGAUUCCAGAAUUAUCCUCAGGUGAUGAGCUGCAAGAGAUUCUCUUCAGGACGACAUUACUGGGAUGUGGAGAUCAGGGGGUCAGGACUGUGGAUAGUGGGGAUGUGUUAUCCCAGUAUAAACAGGAGGGGAGAUCAGUCAUUCAUUGGAUAUAAUAACAAGUCCUGGGGUUUGCAUGGAGGACUGUGGUGUAAUAAUCAAUAUUCAAUUAUACAUGACGGUAAAGAGAUCCAGUUACCCCACCAGAUCUCCAGUGAUAGAUUCAGGAUCUGUCUGGAUUAUGAGGCCGGGCGGCUGUCCUUUUAUGAGCUGUGUGACCCCAUCAGACACUUACACACCUUCACCACCACCUUCACCGAGCCCCUUCAUGCUGCAUUAUAUGUAUCUGAUGGUUCUAUAAAGAUAUCAGGGGGAGGAGCAGCUGUGAGGAAACAUCAUCAUAGAGGAAAUCUGUUCCUCUAUGUAAAAUGUGAAUAAUCCCCUUCACCAAUAAAAAUUGAA